AUGGGGAGCCACCCCCACCCUGGGUUCCAGAGAACCACCUCCACGGGGUACCGGCUGCCCCCCACCAGGCCGUGCGCCUUACUCGCCUCCACUGCCCAGAGUGGCCCCCCGGCGGGCAGGGGUCUGCCUGGCGGUGGCCAAGCCCCCCGGGUCCCGGGAGCUGACGCUGUGCAGCAAGAUCAGCUGUGGAGGGAGCUCUUGGAGACCGAGGCGCGGGGCCAGCGGCGCUGGGCUCAGAACUGGAGUUUCCUGAAAGACUAUGAUCCCCUGGGCAACAAGAAGGAGCCCAUGAAGCUGCCGGAGCACGUGCCUUUCUUUUCCGACGGGGUCCCCCGUUCCUCGAGCCACGCUGUGGGCAGCAGGGUGGACACGCCCCUGGGCCGAGCCCUCGUCCGCAUGGACUUCGUCUUCGUGGAGGGCGCCCGGAAGAAGAAGCUGGAAGCCGAGUUGCAGCCCAUGUAG